UCACAUUCAAUGAUCUUUUGCCAACGUGGAACCAAUUUUUGUAUGCCGGUAUUGUGGAACUCCCUGGAUUUGCAGUCAAAGAAUUGGCGGACUGCACUGGAUGAGUGCUGCUUGUACUCGUUGAUGCUGCUCACAAUACAAGUUAGCAGUGAUGGUUUGACCCCUUUCCAAAAACUCAUAAUGGACAAUUCCAGUUGCUGUCCACUAAACACAAGACAAAACCUUGGUUGGGUGCAAGGAAGCCUUGGGCGUGUGUGGUACCGAAUCAGUGGGCGACAACCAAUGAUACGAACGCUUAAAAUUCGAAUACAAGAUCCAUUUUUCGUCGCAGGUCAAUAACCGAUUAAGAAAUGGUUCAUUAGCGGUGCGUGAAAUGUUUGCUGAGCAAAUGGUAAGACGACUUAAUUUCUGAUGAAGAUGCAAACGAAUAGUUUCAGGACUCACUCUGAACAUUUCUGCAAGUUCUUGGCACGCUGUCCUGGAAUUUGCGUCGACAAUCUGUCGAAGAUCCUCGUUGUUCAUGAUUUUUGGUCUCCCUGAGCGCG